AUGGCUACCAAAACACAAGCCAAGAUUCCAGUUGUUGAUCUCUACGACUUGGACCUGAAACCUGGUACAAAAACAUGGUUCUCAGCUCGCAAAGAUGUUUGCCGUGCACUUGAAGAAUACGGUUGUUUUGUAGCGGAGAUUGGCAAUAAAAUUCCUUCAGAGCUUCACAACGCAAUCUCUAGCUCAUUUGCAAAGUUGUUUGAGUUCCCCACAGAAACCAAAAUGAAAUUCACUUCUGAAAGGCCUUUCCAUGGCUAUUUCUCUUCUCCUAAGUACGAACGCCUGGUGAUUGAUAAUGCAACCUCCACAGAUGUAACUCAAGAGUUUACCAAUAUCUUCUGGCCCAAUGGGAAUCAUCAUGUCCGCGAAAGUGCUGAUUCAUAUGUGAAGCUGAUGGCGGAAUUAGAUAAAAUGGUGACAAAAAUGGUAUUUGAAAAUUAUGGCGUGGGGGAUUACUAUAACUCUCACAUGGAAUCAACUACUCACAGUUUCGGCAUUAUAAAAUAUAAUGAACCUCAGAAAACUGGGAGCAAAAAUGGCCUUGACAACCACACGGACAAGCACUUUACCACCAUACUUCACCAAAAUCGUGUAAAGGGUUUGGAGAUAAAAACAAAGGAUGAUGAAUGGAUUGAUUUUGAUCCCUCCCCUUCAUCCUUUAUAUUCUUGGCAGGUGAUGGACUCCAGGUAUGGAGCAAUGAUAGGAUAAAAGCUUGCAUGCAUCGAGUUUUGUUGGCUGAAAAUCUUGAGACAAGAUAUUCACUUGGGUUGUUUUCGCACAACAAUAAAACGAUAUGUGUGCCAGAAGAAUUAGUCGAUGAAGAGCAUCCCUUACACUACAAGCCAAUAAAUCUUCGUGAUUAUGCUCAAGAACAAAACAGACUAGUCGCUUAUGGAAAAGAACUUUCUCUCGAAGUCUUUUGUGGUGUUUAAACUCUCAGUCCAAAAAGACGCAUCUCUCGGUUGUUUUUUCAAUGUAGUGUGUGGUCACUUAUAUGGUGACUUUGGUUUCUUCUAAUUUCAAAAGCGUGUAGAAGAAGUGUCUAUUUAUGGCUUUAUUUAUGAUUUGGCAUAUGGUUAUUUUCCUUUAAA